UUGUUCAUUUCUAAGUUGAAAAGGGCCGUCUGCGCCGUGGCUGCGUCUGCUGAGUGCGGAGCCGAGCGUGGAGCCGUUCUGUGCAGGGCUGGAGGCGAUGUGGGGCCGCGGGUUGCAGCCCUGAGCGCAGGGCCGGGCGCACUGAGCCCUGGAGGGGCUGCCUGCUCCCCUCCCUGGGGCGCUCUGGGUGCGGGACCCCCAUCAUCCUGGGGGUAUUGAUUGAUGCUCGGCUGAACAUGAGCCCACAGUGUGCCCAGGUGGCCAAGAAGGCCAAUGGCAGCCUGGCCUGCAUCAGAACAGCGCUGCCAGCAGGAGCAGAGAGGUGAUGGUUCCCCUGUAUUCAGCACUGGUGAGGCCGCACCUCGAGUGCUGUGUCCAGUUUUGGGCCCCUCACUGCAAGAAAGAUAUUGAGGGCCUGGAACGUGUUAAAGGAGGGCAAUGAAAUGGUGAGGGGUCUGGAGCACAGGGCUGAUGAGGAGAGGCUGAAGGAGCUGGGAAUGUUCAGCAUGGAGAAGAGGAGCUCAGGGGGGACCUCAUGGCUCUCUAUGACUGCAUGAAGGGAGGCUGCAGUGAGCUGGGGGUCGGCCUCUGCUCUCGUGUCAUCAGUGAUAGGAGCAGAGGGAACGGCUUCAAGCUACGGCAGGGGAGAUUCAGGCUGGACAUGAGGAAGAAUUGCUGGUCAGAAAGGAUGGACAGGAUGACAGAGGACGCGCUGCGCCUCAACCUCCUGAAGAGGAGCUUGGACCAGGCGGACGAGAGGGACGACGUCCUGGCCAAGAGGCUGAAGAUGGAGGGCCACGAGGCCAUGGAGAGGCUGAAGAUGCUGGCGCUGCUGAAGAGGAAGGACCUGGCGGGCAUCGAGGUGCCCCACGAGCUGCCGGUGAAACAGGACGGCGUGAAAGUGUACGAGGAAAAGCUGAAUGGGAGCCUGAGGCCCCAUGGGGAUGGCAGGACUGCAGGGAGGCCGGGCAAGGAGAACAUUAACGACGAGCCGGUGGAUAUGAGCGCCAGGAGGAGCGACCAGGACCGGGGCCGCCUCACCCCUUCCCCUGACAUUAUCGUCCUCUCCGACAACGAGGCCUCCAGCCCCCGCUCCAGCUCUCGCAUGGAAGAGAGGCUGAAGGCGGCCAACCUGGAGAUGUUCAAGGGGAAGAGCAUAGAGGAGAGGCAGCAGCUCAUCAAGCAGCUCCGGGAUGAGCUGCGGCUGGAGGAGGCCAGGCUCGUGCUGCUGAAGAAGCUGAGGCAGAGCCAGCUGCAGAAGGAGAACGUGGUACAGAAGACUCCGGUUGUCCAGAAUGCAGCGUCUAUCGUCCAGCCAUCUCCUGCUCACGUGGGACAGCAGGGACUGUCCAAGCUGCCCUCCAGGCCUGGAGCUCAGGGGGUCGAGCCUCAGAACUUAAGGACAUUACAGGGUCACAGCGUCAUCAGGUCUGCCACAAACACGACCCUGCCCCAUAUGCUGAUGUCUCAGCGUGUGAUCGCUCCAAACCCUGCCCAGCUGCAGGGGCAGCGCGUUCCUCCUAAGCCUGGCCUCAUCCGCACUACAACUCCAAGCAUGAAUCCAGCCAUCAACUACCAGCCGCAAUCAAGUUCUUCUGUUCCUUGCCAGCGUACGUCGUCUUCAGCCAUCUACAUGAACCUUGCCUCUCACAUCCAGCCUGGCACCGUGAACCGGGUUUCCUCCCCGCUCCCCAGCCCCAGCGCUCUGAGCGACGCCGCCAACUCGCAGGCGGCCGCCAAGCUGGCCCUGCGCAAACAGCUGGAGAAAACCCUGCUGGAGAUCCCACCCCCAAAACCGCCCGCGCCGCUGCUCCACUUCCUGCCCAGCGCAGCCAACAGCGAGUUCAUCUACAUGGUGGGCCUGGAGGAGGUGGUGCAGAGCGUUAUCGAUAGCCAAGGGAAGAGCUGCGCGUCCUUCCUGCGCGUGGAGCCCUUCGUCUGCGCUCAGUGCCGCACCGACUUCACCCCGCAUUGGAAGCAGGAGAAGAACGGGAAGAUCCUGUGCGAGCAGUGCAUGACGUCCAACCAGAAGAAGGCUCUGAAGGCAGAGCACACCAACAGGCUGAAGAACGCCUUCGUGAAAGCUUUGCAGCAGGAGCAGGAAAUCGAGCAGAGGUUGCAGCAGCAGGCGGCCCUGUCCCCCACCGCGGCCCCGGCCGUCUCCAGCGUCAGCAAACAGGAGAACAUGAUGAGGCACCACACGCUCCGGCAGGCUCCGCAGCCCCAGAGCUCCCUGCAGCGCGGCAUCCCCACCUCGGCCCGCUCCAUGCUCUCCAACUUCGCGCAGGCGCCGCAGCUCUCGGUGGCGGGGGGGCUGCUCGGCAUGCCAGGCGUUAACAUCGCGUAUCUCAACGCCGGCAUCGGGGGCCACAAAGCGUCCAGCCUGGCGGACCGGCAGCGCGAAUUACCUCCUGGACAUGAUCCCCCCCCCGCUCCAUAGCGCAGUCCCAUCAGCGGGCAGAAAU